CUUCGCAUAUACAAUAAGGCAUUUUUGUCGUCGUCGUCGUAUCUUUGUAUCAGCGCCCGGUGGUGCUCGCAAUCAGCUAAACAGUUUUAAUUUUCUAUCCGAAGUGUACGCUGUGUGCCGCGGUGCAACGGCGUAGUUACUACAUAGUACAAAGUGUGUUCAGACGGACAGACAUACUUGGACCAAGCCAAGCCAAGCCAACCAAGAACAAGGGCAGGCAGACAGACAGGCCCCCCGCCGUAUGAAGUGCAAGUGUGAAUGUUUAUCGUCGAUAUCCACAACAAGAAUCAAAAAAAAACACACACACACACAGAGAAUUAUUGUUCAGUGAAUAUUAAAGCGAUAAUCUAAACAAAUCCAACGACGUUGUCGCUUAAUAUUGGGAAGUGGUUGCCGCCGUGCGUGUGCGCUCGCCGCUGAAACGAAAUUUGCAACCCUUCGAAAAAAAUACUAGAAAUAAAAGUUAUUAUGAAGUAAACAAUAGUUUGUUGUGAUAAUUAAGAAAUGUCGAUAUGCAAAAAUGAUCUGAGAACUGUUUGGAUCAAAUGUUGAAAGAACUCUGAAUAAAAGCUUUGUUAUGCGUGUGGAAACUGAUUUCCGAAAUUUACUACUGAUCGUCACUGCCAGAGUAACAACGGCGAAAACCACAACAAAUACGUGAAAUCUUAUGCAAAACCACAGCAACGCGAAUGCUGUGUGUGAAAGUAUAAUUGGAAGGAAAGAGUAAAAAAUCGUUAAAUACAAAAGCAACUAAAAAAAAAAACAAAACAUAACACAACAAACCGCAUACCGCAAGCAAACGAGAGUACUCAAUACACCAACGAAAGUAUUACCAGCGCGUUUCCGUUACUGCCUCUUUCGAAUCAUUAAAAUUGCACUUUCAACAUUCCCGAAACAACAAGUCACUCGCUCGGUACGCGCGCCUGUGUCGCGAAUCCUUUUUAAAAAUAUAACUUUAAACUUUACUGACUUUUAUAAAAUAAAAAAUAGUAUCUACGUUACGUUAAUAAACCGACAAAAUGUUUGAUGUAUUCGGCUCCGUCAAGGGGCUGCUGAAGAUCGAUCAAGUCUGCAUCGACAACAAUGUCUUCCGCAUGCACUACAAAGCGACGGUGAUCAUAUUGAUUGCCUUCUCAUUACUUGUCACGUCGCGUCAAUACAUUGGCGAUCCCAUCGAUUGCAUUGUCGAUGAAAUUCCGCUCGGUGUUAUGGACACCUAUUGCUGGAUUUACUCCACAUUUACUGUGCCCGAACGUUUGACGGGCAUCACAGGACGUGAUGUGGUACAACCGGGCGUCGGCUCACAUAUAGAUGGCGUGGAUGAAGUUAAGUACCACAAAUACUAUCAGUGGGUGUGCUUCGUGCUCUUCUUUCAGGCCAUACUAUUCUAUGUGCCGCGCUAUCUAUGGAAAUCGUGGGAAGGUGGACGCCUAAAGAUGCUUGUUAUGGAUCUCAAUAGCCCGAUUGUGAAUGAUGAGUGUAAGAAUGAUCGCAAGAAGAUACUUGUCGAGUAUUUUAUGGGUAAUCUGAAUCGGCAUAAUUUCUAUGCUUUCCGUUUCUUCGUUUGUGAGGCGCUAAACUUUGUUAAUGUUAUUGGCCAAAUAUUUUUUGUGGACUUCUUUUUGGAUGGUGAAUUCUCCACAUACGGUAGUGAUGUAUUGAAAUUCACCGAAAUGGAACCAGAUGAACGUAUCGAUCCGAUGGCGCGUGUCUUUCCGAAAGUCACCAAAUGCACAUUCCACAAAUACGGUCCAUCUGGUUCGGUGCAAAAGUUCGACGGUCUCUGUGUGUUGCCAUUGAAUAUUGUGAAUGAGAAAAUCUACGUAUUCCUGUGGUUUUGGUUCAUCAUCUUGAGCAUAUUGUCGGGCAUAUCGUUGGUCUAUCGCAUGGCUGUUAUAAUUGGUCCCAAACUACGUCAUCUGUUGUUGCGCGCACGUUCCCGUCUGGCCGAGAGCGAAGAGGUUGAAGCGGUGGCAAAUAAAUGCAAUAUUGGCGAUUGGUUCCUGCUGUAUCAGCUGGGCAAGAAUAUCGAUCCAUUGAUCUACAAGGAGGUGAUAGCGGAUUUGGCGCGCGAAUUGGGCGAACACCCGAGCAGCAAGCAACCAUUCGAAGCUUAGUGGUCGC